AUGGAUCCUUCUCCGCCCACCGCAGCGGAAUCCUCCCCAGAGGAUCUCUCCCCACCGAAAACCGCCUCACCGAAACCCGCCUCACCGGAACCCUCCUUAAGGGAAACCCCCUCAUCGAAACCAUCUUCACAGGAAUCCUCGUCACAGGAGGCUCUCCCAACACCACCGAAAACGCCACCCCCCUCAGUCCACGGACCCAAGUCCGCCACGCCCAAGUGCUUCAAAUGCAAAUCCCUGGACAUCUUGCCUGUGCGAACACUAUUUCGCAUGUCCGAGGGCGCUGAGCCUGGGAGAAAAGAGUUGCUCAGCGUCUUUAUUCAAGGCGCCGGCCUCUACGACAUACCAUUGUGCUCUGUCUGUUUCAUGCGGGCCAAGGGCUGCUCCGCUUUUCGAUGGCGCCUUCGCAGCUGCAAAGCCUUUUGGCGGUCAACGGAGAUGGAUGCAGCUGCCAUUCUAUAUGAGGAGCAUACUUGGCGCUUUGACACUGAGCUUGUGAGGCACGGGCAAAGGAUGAAGGAUGCGGACGAGCUGAUCGACUACGUUCGUCGCCUGGACAAGCCUUCGGUUGAAAAUCGACGAGCGCCCGAGUCUCCAGAUGAGCAAGAAAUCCGGGAUCGCAUGCCGGACUUUGACCUCACUUCUCAUCUGCGCUACGAUGGUUCCGAGACCACCCUCACCUUUGAUGGUAUCGCCAACACCCAUGAGGAACAUCGGCAGCGCCUGAUCGGAGAACGCGAUCCCCAACCAUCACUCCGUUCACUCUGGGAGUAUCCCGUGCAGAUUACCGAUCUCAUUGCUCUCAAGGAAGCGAGCGAGCGCUAUAUUGUUGCCCUGGGCAGAACUGCUGACGCGAAUCACAAGGACAAUGCCGACUCCCAGCCUCGGACCAUGGGACGGAGUUGUUCUUCGCACGGCCUGGGUUUGUGCAAGAACGAAUGA